AUGCCCCAGAAAAAGUCGGCCCGCCAAUCAAUAGCAUCUAGCUCAGCGUCCUCUUCGUCGCACUCACCAUCUCCAGAUCCCGCUAGCACCAUGUCAACAAGCUCGGGCUCAGCGUCAUCUUCCGCUGCUGCAAUCCAGCGCGCCGCAGCCUCGGCAGCACCUUCACCCGACGCCAAACCUCUUUCGCGUGCGCACAGCCGGGCGCACAGCAGCCACCACAACAAACACCACCACAAUCAUCACGCAGCCACAGCAACAAACCAAAAAUUCCACCAGUCAAGCGCAUAUGCUUUCAUCCUGCUGGCCCUCGUCUACCUCGCCUUCUUCAGAGGAGGUCUCGCAGCAGACCCGGCUGCAACAAUGCUCCAAGCUGUCCCCAUUGUCGUCAUUCUUCAAGUAUGGUAUUGUGCCUCUGGCAUGCUAGAUGGCAGUAGCAGCAAUACUUCUACAUCAACCACAGCAGCAGCGGCCGCUGCAGCCGCUGCAGCCGCUGCGGCAGCUGCUGCGUCUUCAGGUACUUCUUCAUCAUCUGCAACAUCUUCAACUACUGCUUCGAAACGCAAAUCGGCGUCGACAGUUUCUUCUUCUUCAUCUACAUCUUCCGGACUGUCCUCUUCUGGCAACUCUAAUGAUCCUAAUAAGACCCCAGUUAAAUCAGCUCUUUUAGCUGCAGUUCUUGCGCUCAUGAUGUCAGUGCUUGUUUUUGGUCUCCUUAUUCUGUUUGGCGCACCCGCAUCCACCAUGGUUCCAUCCACGUUUCUCUGUGCCGUCCAUAUUUCACUGUUAUCUGUUCUCCCGCUUGUAUACAUUUACAAUCUCGAUGCGCAAACUUGGAAAGAUAUCAUUUCAGUUCGUCUUCCUCUCAACGGUGUAUAUGGUGCCUCAGUGGGUACCUGGGUUGGUGCAUGGCUCGGUGCAAUCCCUAUUCCAUUGGAUUGGGACCGACCAUGGCAACAAUGGCCUAUUACCAUUCUUGUCGGAGCUUACAUUGGCACAGCACUUGGAACUCUUAUUGGUGCAGCAUACCGCAAAUUUAAAUAA